AUGUCUCACAGUAAAAAUAAAUCUUUGACCACCCAAGAAGAUGUACGCAGGAGACUUUAUCAGACAUUUAAAAACAAAGGUGUUUUGGAUUCAUUGAAGACACAGCUACGAAACCAGCUUAUUCAAGAUCUAAACCCCCCUGUGCAUAAUAAAGAGCAGCUCCAUUCUUCAAACACUUCCAGUAACUCUUUGGUACAUCAAGUGUGCAACAGCCUGGUAGCAGAUCAUAUGAGAAGAUGUGGUUAUGAGUAUUCUCUCUCUGUCUUUUAUCCAGAGUGUGGACUAGAGAAGGAAAAGGUUUUUAAUACAUAUGACCUAAUGCAGAUGAUGAAAAUCAACAAAAAAUGCAGGCUAUACAAUUCUCUGACAUUAUCCCUACAGAGUAGUGAUGCAAGAGGCUUCCUCUUACAAUUAUUGACAGAGCUGAUAGAUCACCACCUGAGCAAAGAUGGCAGAGACGCUGACACACAGACGGUCACAACAUCACCAUACCAAGAGUCAAUUGUGGAGAAACUUAAAUUCAUUGAUGAACAGUUUGAUGAACUGUAUCCAAAGCGUCCUAAGUUUGAGUCCCUGGAAGGAAAACUGACUGAGUAUCGCAGAGAACUUGAAGAACAGCUUCAGGAAGAGAUGACUCAAAAGCUAAAACAUUUCAAAGAUGUUGAGAUUGCAAAAAUUAAAUUGGAAGAAAGAGAAAAAUGUCAGAAGGAGAUUGCUGCUUUGCGGAGAGAAUUGGAGAAAACUUACCAGUCCAAGAUGGAAGGAUUAGUGACACGAGAGAAGAACGCUAUAGAGAGGCUUCAAAGACAGCAGGAGAUUGAAUCCAAGGAAGUGUAUGCACAGAGGCAAAGUCUGCUGAAGGAGAUUGAGGUGGUACGAAGUCGGGAAAUUGAACUCCGUCAACGAAUGGAAGCUUUUGAGCUUGCCCAAAGGUUACAGGAAGAGAAGAACAAAACCAUGGACGAUUUUCUCAGGAAGAGAGAGCUGGAAGUAAAGAACAUUGAAGACACAUUCGACCAGAAAUUAAAAAAUGAGCUCCUACGAUAUCAAAUUGAACUGAAAGAAGAAUAUUUAAAGAAAUCCCAAAAAGUCAAUGAGGAUGAGAAAAAAAAACAGAGAGGAAGCAGCACGGUUACGUGAAGACACAAUUGUUGUCAGCAUGAAGAAGCAAGAACUAGAGCAGGCCAUUUCUCGAACGAAACACCUUGAGAUGGAAGUGGACACUUUGAGAGCUCAGCUGUCAACAGUUACCCGUCAAAACCACCAUGUGACUGACAAGUUGAAGGAAUUUGCUGACUACCCUCUGGUGCAGGAGGAAAAAGUGGAGCUUCUGGCACAAGUCAAGUUACUUAAACAGCAACUGGAAGAUCUGCAAAAAGAAAAUCACAUACUGAGAGAAAAGUCAUCACACCCAUCAGCGGAAUUCCUGUCUCUUCAAGAGGACCUGAAAAGAAUGGAGGCUGCUCGAAAGUUUGACCAAGAUGAAUUUAAAAUACAAAGAGAAAUCCUUGAAAGACAGCUAGAACUAGAGAUGGAACGUGGUCUUGAAAUGAAGAUGCAGCUAUUAAAUCGUGAGGAAUCUUUGAAAAGGUUAAAUGUGCAAGUAGAGCAACUGGAUUUUCAACUGCGGCAGACUCAACAAGCUCUUGAAAACGGUUAUAGUCUUCCCAAGGCAGCUCUGGCCGAUCGCUGUGUACUAGAUUUUUAUGCCAAUAAACAUACUCAUCCUGACACUUACGUUGAUCAGCCAUCCUUGAGAAGCCAGCGUUAUCUGGAUUCUGUUGUUCAUGCAGGUGGCAUUGCAAGUCAGAAGCAUCGCCACCUUGAAGGGACUCGAAGCAGCUCUCCGGAUUCAGACCUGGAGUUUGUGGCCAACACCAGAACUCGAAUUAAAGAACUUGAAAAGGAGGCAGAACUGGUCGAAGAAGCUUUCCGUAAUUAUCAACACCGAGUCAUUCAUGCUGCUGCUAUUCCAAGCUACCAACAGGCAGCAGCUCUGCCAAGCAGAGGACUUUUAAACACAGUGCCAAAUACCCCCCAGCACAGAGUUACUUUUUUAGAAGAUAAUCUUACGCCUCAGGACCAUAUUCUCUUAAAUAGGAUAAAGACGCAAAAAUAUGAAAGACUACUGCCAACUGAAGUAAAAAUGGCUGCACCACAGGCAAAAAAGUCCUCUUCUCGCAGGCUGUCUUCAACCCCUGUGUCAAGAACAGAAAUAACUCACAAAGAGAGCGUUUCUUUGGAAGAUAAUGAUGGCUCCUACAUCACAUCUUCUCACCAUAGUCAAAAUCGUAGACUUUCCCCCAUUCAAAAAAUUGAGCAGCCUCAAACCCUUCUCUCUGACGUUGUGGAUCAUGGCGUGAAAGAUGAAGCUGAGCCGACUCCCAGUGCUGGCGAGCCAACUGUUGGAAGUUUGAACUCAACGGACCAUUCGAAGCCUGCAACACUGCACUCUCGGGACUUAAACUUUUCAGAAUCAUCAUUACAAGACCAAGAGGACAUACCAGAGCAGCUUGAAAGUGACUUGUCGCAUCUAUCUGAGGACUCUGUCCAUGAUAUUCGUGUCACUGCAGAUGUGCCAGUGGCAGAUACUUCAGUACAUGGCUCAUUGAGAAGUGAAGAUAAAACAGAAAAUCUGAGGCAUAGAAAACAUGUACAGGAAAUUAGACAGAGUUCCCCUCAAGAGUACAGAGUUGAAGAUCAGAGAAAAAGUCCUGAAAUCCUUGAGAAAUCUGAUGAGCAGGAGAUCUCUGAGUCUAAAACAUCCCAAGAAGAGCAAGAAGAAGGAAACUUAAGAGUAAGGUUACCAGAACACGAAAGUACAAUGGUGAAAAAAGCUGAAGAAAAUGCCAGACUAAGUACUCCCGAAGAAGAAAAUCCCCUGAACAAGUACAUGCAGUUACUGCUCCAGAAUCGAGCAGAAGAACAGCCUGACAAGGUCACCAAAGAAUCUGUGGAUGACGUUUCUUUGAUUGAAAAACUUUCUAAUGAAAGUAUCACAGCUCAUUCUAUGGGAGACGCAGAUGAGGAGUUCUGGUAA